GUUGCAGGAAUGAAAAAAACAUUCACUGGAACAGCUGAAGACACAAAACCGCUGUUGGUACGGAGUCAAACCACAGCGUUAUAAAAAAUAAUUUAAAUUAACUGAAUUCAGUAAAUGUCGUGUGUCUGGAAUUGGUACUAAUUGAAGCUAACGGCCAACAAAGCGGUUCAACUUUUAAUUCAAACCCAAAUACGCAAUUUAAACAAGACAUCAUCUGCUAAUGCUAACGGAUAAGUUAGCUCAACGGGCUAAAGCUGAACGCCAAGAGAGCGAGUCUGCAGGAGGAGAAAACCGGCUGUGAGAGGGUGGAUGAGCCGCUGGACGUGACGGUGCUGCCUCGUUAAUGAUUUGCGGGACAUGAUUGCGCAGUGACCGAAGAUUGAGCUGAAGACACAUCAGCUAAGAACAGACACCUGAAAACACUACAGUUAACGGUUAGAUUGAAGACUCGAGCUAACAGUCGUUAGCAGCCCACGGUGCUGCUGCAACAGAUAACCAGAGAUGGCCAGUAACACCGCAGGAGGCUUCACCUGCCCGACCAAUGGUGACGACACGCCGGGACGUGUGUGCACCGUUCUUAGUGACCGCUCUUGUCGCCUCCACUCCGAGUCAGAGUCUGACAUCGUCCCAACUGUGAAGUGCUUAGCCCGACUGUGCAGCAGGGACGAAGAGGAGAGAGCAGCGGCUCUAAGGGAGCUGAACCAGCAGGUUUUGCUUCGUUUGGAACUUGACAAGCCUGGUUCUGCACGCUUGAGUAAGCAAACCCUGCUGCAAUUGCUCCGACUGUCCCGGUCGUGUCCGCUCCGGGAGGUUCGGGAGAAAGCAGGCGAGCUGCUGCGUACCGCACAGGAACAAGGAGUUGAAGUUCCCAGAGUCCUGGCCUCCGGUCCGAGUACAUUUAUUCCUGCAAAACAGAUCCUGAAGGAGGAGAUGGACCAGGACAUUCUACUUGAGUCCUUCCUGUCUCUGGGCCGUGUGGAUCACAUGACCAUGGUGAUGGCGCUGCACCCAGCCUACCUCAGCUGCUUCCUGAAGGCCCAGCAUGCUUUGCUGGAGCUAGAUGGGCCCCUUCCCUGCCAUUGGAGACAUUACAUUGUUCUUAUGGCUGCAGCUCGACACCACUGCUCGUACCUGGUGCAGCAGCACAGUGCAGGUUUCCUUGAGGCCGGGGGAGAGGAGAGCUGGCUCAGCGGCAUCCAACACGCUCCUACCAAACUCCGCAGCCUGCAGACACUCAACAAACUGCUAGCACACCGACCCUGGCUCAUUACCCAGCAGCACAUCCAGGAGCUGGUGUGUUCUGGUGCAGACCCUCGCUGGUCGCUGGCCGAACUGAUACACGCCGUGAUCCUGAUGGCUCACGCUCACUCCCUCUCCUCUUUCGUGUGGGGCUGCGGCCUGAACCCAGAGCCUGACCACAUUGGAGGUUACACAUUUCAGCCUCCUUCACCCGGUAACCUUCCUCGGAGUCCUCACAGCCCCGCACAUGAGGACGGCAGGCAGGAGUUGGUUGAAGGAGCCAUGGAGGUGGAGGUGCUGAUGAAGAGGAUGGUGGAGCUGCAGCAGCAGGAGGAAGAGUGCACGCAGGAGGAGAUGGUAACACGCUUCGAGCGCCAGAGGAGUGAGAGCAUACCGACAGCUGUGGUGCGUGAAGCUCCACCUGAUCUGGUGCUGUGCCUCGUGGAGGAUCCAGAGUUCAGAUAUGAAGAUUUUGCCCCCAGGGGAGAGCAGGCUCCGCCCACCAUGAGAGCACAGGAUUAUUCUUGGGAAGACCACGGCUACUCUCUGGUUAACAGGCUCCUACCAGACAUGGGCCAAGUGCUGGAUGAGAAAUUCCAGGUGGUGAGCAACCUGACCUAUCAUAGGAUGGCCAUGCAUGAAGGAGUGGACACACACACUCUGAGGAAAGCUCUGUGGAACUACAUCCAUUGUCUUUAUGGGAUACGAUAUGAUGAUUAUGACUACGGCAGCGUGAAUGUGUUGUUGGAGCGCUCCCUGAAGCUGUUUGUCAAAACCGUGGCCUGCCACCCCGAGCAGACCACCGCGCGCAUCUACUACUCCUUCUGGAGGCACUUCAGACACUCUGAGAAGGUCCAUGCCAACCUGAUAGUCAUGGAAGCUCGACUACAGGCAGCUCUUCUUUACACCUUACGAGCCAUCACACAUUACAUGAGAUGACACAGUCACUCGUAGUUUGCAGAAGCUGAGCCAGCUGGGAUUUAUACACAGUCCCACGCAUAACACAGGUCUAGCUGUAAAGCGUGUAUUCACACCCACAGACAUCUCUGCCCUAUCUACACACACACACACACACACACACACACACACACACAGAUGCUGUAUGGUAAUGUGUGCAUAUCCUGUGUUGAAGUGUUAAUGUUUUGAUGCUGCUUUGCAACUGGGAUGUCAGAUAUUUACGAUGUGUGAUUUUGCACUGAAAUGUAACAGGUUUGUUUCCCACUUGAGCCUAAUGUGGCUACCUGUUUGUGACAGGCAUGUCUUUGUGACACAUAUCACUUGUGCAAGAGGAAUGGUCUGGUUCAUCCAGGUCUUCAUCAUCAUUAUGUUUUCAGGUUGUUGUUUUUUUGCAGAAUUUAAGUUUAUUUAACAUGACUGCGUGAACGUAUCACUCUUCAGACUACUACAGUCUCCAUCCUGUGUUUCUGCAGCACUCGGAGGAUGGAAUAGGAAAAAAAACCCAGAAUAACUUGUAUUUUUUUAUAUACAUUAAAAAGUUACUUUGUUAUCAUAUUGAAA